GCGGCGCGCGCGGUGCUGACGCGGCAGCGGUGGCCGGGCCGGACCGGGCCGGGCUGAGCCGAGCUGAGCUGAGCUGAACUGGGCUGAGCUGAGCCGAGCUGGACCGGGCCGGACUGAGCUGAGCUGGACCGGGCCGGACUGAGCUGAGCUGAGCUGGGCCGAACCGGGCCGGGCUGAGACGAGCCGGGCCGGGCUGAGCUGAAUUGGGCCAAACCGGGCCGGGCUGAGCCGAGCCGAGCUGAUCUGAGCUGGGCCGAACCGGGCCGGGUUGAGCCGAGUCGAGCUGAGCCGAGCUGAGCGGGGCCGCCAUGGUGGCCAAGCAGCGCAUCCGCAUGGCCAACGAGAAGCACAGCAAGAACAUCACCCAGCGCGGCAACGUCGCCAAGACCUCGAGAACGGCCCCGGAGGAGAAGGCGUCGGUCGGGCCCUGGCUGCUGGCGCUGUUCAUCUUCGUGGUCUGCGGAUCAGCCAUCUUCCAGAUCAUCCAGAGCAUCCGGAUGGGUAUGUGAGGGGCCAGGGCCGGGCCAUGGCCCGCCGGCCCCGGCCGCCGCAGCACUGCCGAGGAGCGGCGCGCGGCACCGGCCGUGUCGCAUUCCAGGUCCCUUCACGAGUCAUUCCGAGUUUUCUAGCCCGUGCCACAGUGCCUUGAACAGCACCACAUGUAUAAAGCAAUAAAAGUCUGUUGUUGAUCUACAA